AUGGCGCCGUCCAAGGAACACAACGUGAAAAAGAGCAAAACAGCGAGUAAACAAACUUCACAUAAACAAACUAUAAACAGUAAAACAGAAGCGAUACUGCAGAGCAGAAAACAUGCUAACGAUAUAUUUGACCUCCUGGAGUAUUUACAGAGUGAGAAAGAGAAAGAAGUGAUAUUUGCAGUAAACGCGUGUCAGAGGUUAUUCAGUGAGUUAAUGGAGAAAGGAGAGCUGUAUGUUGGGCAGCUACCAAAGGAAGAGGAGAUCCUGCAUGGUGAUCGGGAUGCAGAUGACAAGUACCGUAUAUUUCUAAGACAUCGUUACAACAGCUGCGUGAAGCUGCUGCUGGAGAACAUAGACCAUGAAUCCUACCAAGUGAAGGAAAGUGCACUUUGUGCUCUUAUGAGGUUUGCAGCAGCUGAGGGGAAGCACCCACUGCAGAAACUGGACUGGAGCGACCACUACAACUUUCCCCUAGAGCUUAUACUGUCAGUGGUACGGUCACUGCUGUCAGAGAAAGAGGACAUGGCUCUGCUCAUCUCCAGGUUUCAGGAGUUCCUAGAAAUGGAUGAUGUACGAUACUACGUCAUGAGCGCAAUCCGGGACGGUGUAACCAAAGUGAUGGACAAAAACAAACGGACGGACAUGGCUGUUUACCAAAAUAAUGUGUUCACACUGCUGACAAACCUCAACAUGCCCAGCCAGGCUUCAGAAAUCACAAACUUUCUUGUCAAACAGGAGACUAAAUGUGGGGACUGGAAAGCUGCUAAAAUCAAAGACCACAAGCGAGCGUUCGAGCAAAUGUGGCUGACCUUUCUGAAGUACAAGUUACCCAGCAGCAUGUAUAAAAAGGUGCUGGUGAUCCUGCAUGACACCAUUAUGCCCCACAUGAGUGACCCCACACUGAUGAUCGACUUCCUGACGGCAGCAUAUGAUGUUGGUGGAGCUGUGAGUUUACUGGCUCUGAACGGCCUGUUCGUCCUCAUCCACAAGCAUAAUCUCGAUUAUCCAGAUUUUUAUACAAAGCUGUAUAACCUGCUGGACCCUUCUGUAUUUCAUGUGAAGUACAGAGCACGAUUCUUCCACCUGGCCAACAUCUUCCUUUCAUCAAGUCAUCUACCGGUGUAUCUUGUCGCAGCGUUUAUCAAGCGGCUGUCUCGGCUUGCCCUGACCGCACCCCCUACAGCCCUACUCAUAGUUCUACCUUUUAUUUGCAACCUCAUUCGCAGACAUCCUUCCUGCAGAGUCCUCAUUCACAGACCCAGCGCUGCUAAUGAACUUUGUCAUGAUCCCUAUGUGAUGGAGGAGAAAGAUCCUGCCCAGUGUCAUGCCCUCAAAAGCAGUUUAUGGGAAAUGAAGACCCUGCAGAAACAUUACCAUCCAGAUGUUUCCAAAGCAGCCAAAGCAAUUAACCAACCUCUACCGGAACCAGAGGAGGAUAUCAGCGAGCUGCUGGAACUGUCUACUUUUGAGUUGAUGGAACGAGACCUGAAAACCCAAAACCAGACUGUACCACUGGAGUUUGACCCAGCUACCGGUUUGCUUCAGAGUUCCCGGGAGGUGCUGGGCCUCCACUUCUCUCUAGAGUAACUAACAAGGACUUGAUGGCUCUCUUUCCAUUUUGUAUUAUUUUGACAUUCAUCCACUGAGAAACAUCUAUGUGUGUCAGGUAUAAAUAAACAACCAUGACCUGUGA